CCGGCCUACGCGUUGCACUACGGCUUACCAUUUGCUAUUUCAUUGGAAACCUUACAGUAUAGCUUACCUCAGACAGUUGACCUCACGCAACUCUCCGUGUGGUUUAUUCAGGACACACUCUGCCCAAUAGCUGCUGCGGACAUCAUUGAUUGAUACUGCUGCUAUCUGCUGGGAAACAGAAGCAAUAACAUCACUGUACAGUUGGGUGACGCUUUGCUACCAUGGCCUAGUUAUCGGCCGGCCUAACCUCACAGAGAAGGUAUGUGACUGCAUUAAUUCACACAUCCGACAUUCUCCAGUGAGAAUAAAUACUUUAAAAUCAGGAUUCUUCCGACCUCAUUUCUUUACGAACUUAUUCAUAACACUAUGGCAGACUUGGACACUAUACCUCCGAGGGUUGCAAUUUGUGGUGGUGGAAUAGGUGGCCUUACUUUAGCUGCCGUAUUGCAAAGGUUCAUUGGCGAUAAGAAGUUGUCGAUCGACUUGUACGAAGCUGGCCCGAAGUUCACGGAAUCUGGUGCAGGUAUUACAAUCUGGCAGUCGACACGUUUCAUCCUAGGUGCACUUGGACUCGGAGAUGCUCUGGAGCAAAAGGCUCUGUCAACUCCUAUGACCUUCAGGAAGAGCGAUCUGCAACAGGGGUUCACGUUCUUCGAUGUCGAGGAGGGAUCUACAACUCUUCCUCGCAGGGAGCUCCUUAGCUUAUUCGCCGAUCAGCUUCUGUUGGAUGAUGGAUCUGUCCUCCAUACCCACUUUUCGAAGCGUCUUCUUCACUAUGAGCAAAAUGAAAAGGGCGUAAACAUGCACUUCCAGGAUGGUUCAUCAGCUUCGGCUGACCUCCUCAUCGGUUCUGACGGAGUGGGAUCGGCUACACGCAAGACAAUGUAUAAGCAACUGUCAGAAAGAAUGCGAGGUACUGAUUCAGAGACGGCCGAUGCUCUGCUCGGAUUCAUGCUUCCCAGUUGGACCGGAAGCUAUGCAUAUCGUUUUUUGAUAGAUGCUGAGAAAAUCAAGGCGACUCAUCCGGAUCAUAUUGCACUUACGCGGGGAACAAUGUGGUGCGGGGCAGGCAAAAAUGGAAUCUCGUAUCCCAUCUCACCAACCGUAAUCAAUGCGGGGACUAUGGUGAUGGUUCCAGGUGGUUUAGGAAAACCGCUCGAAGGAGAUUCGGUUGUCAAAGCAUCCGCAGAAGAUGUCGCCAACCUCACCCAGGAUUGGGAGGAGGGCUUUCAGGUCCUGGUGGACAACAUCAAUGAAACAUCUAGAUGGGCCGUUAGCCAGGUCCGUGGCCUUCCACAGUAUGUCGACGGCCGAGUCGCUCUGCUCGGAGACGCUGCCCAUGCCAUGACUCCUCACCUUGGGGCAGGGGCGGGUCAAGCUAUCGAAGAUGCAUACAUUCUUGCCCGCAUUCUUGCUCAUCCUUCGGUCACGAACCAAAACGUACCCCAGGCGUUAAAAGUGUACGACGUCAUUCGCAGACCGAUUGCGAACGACAUCGUCGAGCGGUCUCUGAGGCAAUGCUUCAUAUCAACGCUUCAUCCCGAUUAUCUUCCUUCAGGAAUAGAUAUUGCAAAGCUGCAAUCUGGUGAUUCUAGCGAGUGGACAAAAGUGAGACAAGACAUGCAAGACAUUUGGAGUUUUCAUGGUGGCAAGAUGCCAGAUGAUCAUUGGGAACAUGCACAGGCCCUCUUAGCUUCGACAUUGGUCUAGCUCGAUAAAGCCAUAGGGAAGCAUUCGAUGGAAGUCGAUAGAAGAUACUGCGAAUAUCAUUGUUUGAUAGUUGGCAUUACACCUUCGGUGAUCAGCCUACAAUAAUUGCACUUUACACCUAGGCAUACAUCUCUACAACAAAGGGAAAUUGUCCGCCAAAAAUGAUGGAUGAUGAUUAUGCACGACAAGAGAACAGAAUUCGGAAACCCCACCAAGAUACGUACCACUAUACCACCGAUAGUAACGGGUCAUCGAUUCAUGUGCGAGCGUCCUCCCAGCUUCCUUUCACUAACCAAUACACAUGGUCUCAGAGCAACGCGAGAAUAUCUUGCGAAAGAUUCCGGACACGAACGUCCGCCGCAAAUGUGGCUGGUAGUGUGUUAAGCACAGCGCGAGCGGAGCUCUCCUGCGUCGGCUGCAGCGGAGAAUUGAAUUGCUUCGCAGCGUAAACCUAUUCAAUAGAUUUCGUAUCAGUUCCGGAAGGCUUGUGACGGGAAAGUAACUCACGAUGUUCCCAAGUGCAACAAGAGCGCGGUCCAAGACUCAAAAUGCCAUACCGAAAGAACAAGAGCAAGCAGUGCCGAUCGCAAUCCAGGGUCAAGCUGUUCGCGUACGCCGCGACAUGACAUGCUGCACAAUAUAGGGUCAGAAGAAUGACACAGUAGACAGUGAUCAUAUGCGCACUUGAAGUAAAUAGUGCUCAAAGUCAUUCGUGUUUGAGGCUUCG